ACGCUGAUGAAUCGGAAGCAAGACGAGGGUUUUAUGCAACAUUUGAGGCUAUUGACAAAAUGAAAAUUGAUACAGUUUCGAGCACAUCUAUCACUGGAUGUGGCCACCCAGUGUAUUUAAAUGGAAGUUCAGGUGAUUUCGUCUCGCCAGGCUACAAGCCUAAUUCGAAUAGCUCAUAUCCACAUUCAACUGCCUGUGAAUGGGAAAUACAAGUUAAUGAAGGAUUGGGAAUCGAAUUAAAGUUUCGUGUGUUUGAAUUGGAAGAUGGGGAUGAAUGUGAAAACGACUAUGUGAGGCUAAAGUGUACCCACCCAAUGUAUUUAGAUGGUAGUCAGGGUCAUCUAUACACACCCGGGUAUCUCGAAGACAUUAAUUGUAACAGGUACCCUCCUGAUGAAAAUUGUACAUGGGACAUUUAUGUUGGGAACGGACUGGUAAGUUUUGUCGCACCUGGUACUUUCCAUGAGUACCUUGGAUGCUCACUCAAAAAGACAGGGCAUGGGCCAGGUGCCAGGUCCGGGUGUCGACAUGGUUUGUCGACAAGCAGAUUGAACUUAC